AACGCGAGGAGCGUCCCCGACUCAACCGACAGUUGUUGGCCAGUCUCACCGGCCGGGGGAGCAGAAGCGGAGGCUCAACUCAAGCGAGGGACCCGGGCAGGCACCGCCGCCAUCGCGAGAUCGUAGGCGCGGGCCGGGCUGCGACGGACGCGAGGAGGGAGGGGGCGCCGCGGUGAGCGAGCCAGUCAGAUGCGCUCGGAAUGGGGAAGCCCGUCGAUGUGGAGCUCGGCGGCGCGGGGGGGCUCGAGGUCGCCGGCGGCGGCGGGGGCGGAGGGUGCGCGGGAUCCUGCGGCGCGAUCGGGCGGGCGGUGUCGUUCCGGUGCGUCUUCGUGCUCCUGCUCGCGGCGGGGGUGCUCGUCCCGGCGCUGUUCCUGCUCGUGCCCUCGCGCCAUGAGGGGUACGUCUCCGACGACCCCGACGUGCUCGCCGCUGAAAUCAAAGUUGGUUUCACUUUGGAAAAGCCAGUGUCAUUCCUUACUUCUCACAUAGACAAACUAGGGAAUGACAUAUUUGGAGAGAUUGGUGUACCUAAUAGCAAGGUUUCCAUUGUUUCAAUGCAGCCCUUAACUUCUAAAUACUCCACAAAUGUUGUUUUCGGUGUUCUUCCUGAUCCAAAAGAUGCUUCAAUAAGUUUGCCAGCCCUAAGUGUGCUGAGAUCGUCCUUAAUAGAGAUGAUGCUCCAGCAUGUGAACCUAUCCUUAACGCCAUCUCUUUUUGGGCAUCCAUCUUCCUUUGAACUCAUGAGAUUCCCUGGAGGAAUUACUGUCAUACCUUCACAACCUGGUUCUCCGUGGGAGAACACAUACCCCCUAUUCAACUUUGUGUUGAACAACUCCAUUUAUCAGAUCCUGGGUAAUCUUACGGAGCUAAAAGAUCAGCUGAAACUUGGAUUAAACUUGAGGUCAUAUGAGAAAAUAUAUUUGCAGUUCAGGAAUGAGAUUGGUUCUUCAGUUGAAGCUCCGGCAAUUGUUGACGCAUCUGUGUUAGAUGGAAGCAGUAACCUUUUACUGGAUAGAUUAAAACAGCUAGCUCAGCUGAUCACAGAACCUGAUGCGAGGAACCUUGGGCUUAAUCACUCUGUAUUUGGUAAAGUAAAGGGUGUUCAGCUGUCGUCAUACCUACAACACAAGAUCUCUGAUUUAUCUCCUAGUCCAUCUCCUUCUCCAUCUCCAUCACCAUCACAAUCACCUUCUCCAAGUAUGCCACCAUCCUUGUCACCUUUUGGGAGCAUCCCCUACCUUGCACCUCCGGCAUAUAUGAACCCGAGCCGCCCUCCUCAGGCUUUGCCCCCUUCAUGGAGCAGACACCCUUGCUUUCCAUGUUUUAGAUGUAAUCGCUUUCCUCCAGCUGAUAGUCCAAUGGUAAAACCUCCUUGCAUGGGUAGAGACCCUAAGCUACCCCCAUUUAUGCAUUCACCAAAGCCAUCUGUUGUUCCUUCCCCUCCAAAAUACCUUUCUCCAGCGAUUCCACCAGUUCCUGCACAUGUAGAUCCUCCCCGGCCCUUGCCAAACCACAAUCGUUUUCCAAAAACAGUCCAUGGAUCCUCUUCUCAAAUGAUGCCAAUACCCUCACCCUCGCGACCAGUGUUUCAACAUUCGCUGCCCCCAAGGAAAAAGCGGAAUAGCAAAGUAUCUAAUUUCCCUUCAAUUGCUCCUUCCCCAUAUGCUCUCCUUCAUACCUGAAGUUAUGCUUAAUUGGAUGCCUGGGUUGCUUCAACUCCUGGUCAUGCAUCAUCAGGAAAAUCUAGCCAGAAGACAAGGUUACAGUGGUUGGAAUUUUGCUGCUUCUAGUAUAACCAUGAGUUGCAAUCAUGGGCUAUGAUGCAAAAGAUUGAGCUUUGUUUAUCGGCAACUGAACUAUAUGAAGAAUUGUAAAGCUUCUGAGGUCAGAUUAACUGUAGAUAAUAGGUUCACAUCAUGCUAAUUAGCCAGGGUAUUGCGCCACGAAGGUGGCUGCCCCACGCCUCUGCCAAGUUUUAAGUUCUCACCGAAGGGUUGGGAGCUUAUGGUAGAGGAGAAUGUGAAGGGCACCAAGUUUUGAGUUCUCGCCGAAGGGUUGGGAGCUUAUGGUAGAGGAGAAUGUAAGGACUCCUGUUACUGGUGCCCACGCUCUGCAAUAUAACUCUUGUAUCAUAUUGAGCAUAAUACAAUAUCCAUUUUCGCUGCAAGAUCUCUUAAGUUAAGUAA